CCACUCAGCACAGAGGGAGGAAGGCAAGCAGAGCUGACACAACCGGGACCGCACUGCUCCUGAGUGUUUCUGGAGCAGAAGCUCAUCUCACAGAGGGAGGGAAACAGCGGGCAGCAGGCACCAUGGAGCCCCCCUCGGCCCCUCCCAGAGGAGGACUCGUCCCCUGGUGGGAGCUCCUGCUGGCAGUCUCACUCUUAACCUUCUGGAACCCGCCCACCACUGCCGAAGUCACUGUGGAAUCAGUGCCGCCCAAUGCUACCGAAGGGAAGGACGUUCUUCUGCGAGCCCACAGUCUGCCUGGGGAUCUUCUAGGCUGUAACUGGUUCAGAGGGGCAACUGUAAUGUCCAGUCAUCAAAUUAUAUCAUAUAUAGUAGACACACAAGUAGCUACCCCAGGGCCUGCACACAGCGGCAGAGAGACAAUAUACCCCAAUGGAUCCCUGCUGUUCCAGAGAGUCACCCUGAACGACACAGGAAACUACACCCUACAAAUCGUGAGGAAAAAUGCUCAAGUGGAACAAGGAACAGGACAAAUCCGCGUAUUCCCGGAGUUACCCAAACCCAACAUCACAAGCAACAACUCCGACCCUGUGGAGAAUGCGGAUUCUGUAGUAUUAACGUGUGAACCUCAGACUCAGAGCACAAGCUACCUGUGGUCAGUAAACAGUAAGAGCCUCCCGGCCAGCGCCAGGCUGGAACUGUCCCUGGACAACAGGACUCUCACUAUACACCGUGUUACAAGAAAUGACACAGGACCCUAUCAGUGUGAGACUCGGAACCCAGUGAGUGCCGAUGGUAGUGAUCCAUUCACCCUGAAUGUUCUCUGUGAGUAACUUCCCUUCCUACCUGGCCCGCGCUGCCAGCCCAAAUCCACACUGCCAGAGGCCAGGCCACAUCCAUCCUUCUGGGGUCCGAGUCCAUGACUCAGCUGGACCCCCAGGCUGGCCAUGGCUUCUUGUCCCAGGGAAACGUGGGCAGACCCAGCCUAAGCCAAGACUAGGAGGGAAAGGCUGCUCCUCCCUGAGAGGGUCACCAGCCUGUGAGGAGAAACAGACGAAUGUCUCAGACCCAGGCUCAGUGAACACAGGGGCUCCUAU